AUGUCGACGCUCACCUCACAAUCCUAUUCUCUCCUUACAAUUCCUCAACUCAGUCGACCUUGUGAUGAUCUUGAUGGAGUACGUCCCGUGUUCGAUUCUCAGGCCUGCUAUGUGGGCGGAUUCCAGAAGACGAUUGAGAGGAGAAAGAAAUUUGUGGGAGUGAGAAGAAGGCCUUCUGGAAGAUGGGUUGCUGAGAUCAAAGACACAGGGAAGAAGAUCAGACUGUGGCUCGGCACUUUCAAGACUGCAGAGGAGGCCGCCAUGGCGUAUGAUGAGGCCGCCUGCUUGCUCAGAGGAUUCAAUACCAGAACCAAUUUUGCUGCCAAAGUCCCUGACUGUGAUUCUCCGGUGGCUUCUAGAAUAAGAAGAUUGCUUAGCCUCAAGAAGGAUUCCCCUGCUUCCAAACCCAUCUGUAAAAUUGAAAAGCAGUCGAAAUCGAAUUCAAGAAACUGUUUUUCUGGGUCAAGUGAUGAAGAAAUCCAAGGGCCGGCCGAGGAUUUGAAGCCCGAGUUGAUAUCUGAAUCUUAUUCUGCUUUUAGGACUCCUGUUAAUGAUUUUGACCAGAAUGGUAGUAGUUUUGAUGAGGGGGGAAACGGGUCGACGAGCUUUUUAGGGCCGGCGUUCGAUUUGGGUUCGUGUGAUUUGCAGUUGCCUUCGACCAAUGAGAUUUUCUUGGCCGCUAUGGAUGAGCAUCUUCGAGGUCGAUAUGGAAGUUAUGUCGAUGAAGGGAUGGGAUUUCAUCGAAUGAGUAUUGAGCGAAGAAUUUCUGCGUGUAAUGGCGUUCAGGAUCAAUCUGGAAAUUUUGAUUCAUUCAGUAGUUUGUUGUGUUCUUCUUCUGGAGUACCUUGGACUAAUUAUGGGGCGUGGAAUAUAAAAGAAAGUUUGGCCUCCUCAUACGAUGAGAAUUUGGAUGGUCAAGGGGUAUUUGAAGCGAUUUGGGAUGUUGGUCCUAUUUGCAGAACUUGA